CAUCUGAGCUGUCCAAAAGCUGAGCACGUGUCCCAAUAUUUUUACAUGCCCCCACUCAAGAAGCAAAAUGCAGGACCAUGCAGCACUUUCAAGACUAACAAGAUGGUUUAUGAGGUGAUGAGCUUUCGUGGGCCAGACCCACUCAAGAAAGAAGCUUUGGCUGGGAAAACGCAGACCAGUAACCCUAAGUGUGGCCCUGAUGCGCAAGAGCAGUGCUGGAGCUAGCAGGGUAGUUUAGGUCUUGACAGUGGGCAAUCCAGAGCUCUGGCAGAGGUUUAGGGCACCCAGAAUGUGGGGUUGCCUCCCUGAGCAUCUUGGCUAAUAGCGACGGAUGGAGCAGUUCGCAGCAAGCUUACAAUCGUUUUGGAGUCUUCUUAUGCUUUUGCCCUUCGCUACACUCUCUGGCAACGAUUCCGCAUGUUGUCUUGUGAAGAAGUACUUUGUAGUGUGUCUUAAGCCUGCUGCUGUGUUCAUUGUGUAUAAAAUGAUGUGAUCGCUGACCAAGGUAGCUGUACUACUAGAAGUCCCUAGUGUAGAUGAAGCAAAGGUGCACUUUUACUGCUGGCCAGAGACAAAAGCAACCUAUGCCAAUAGAGUGCAUCUACAGAAGGAGUGCUCUUCCGCUGUAGUCUCAGUAGUUUUAUAGUGGCAAACCGAAUGUAAACAUUAACUAAAUUUCCUCACACUUUAAAUAAUAACCAUUAGCAUGUUUCUAGAAGUAACAAAAACAUGAAAUUAAAAAACAGCAGUGAUGGGAAAUAUUUUCUCAAAAUUCUGGAUGUAAGCUGGGGCCCAUUUUCAAAGUUGAAGUUGAAAUCUGAGCAGAAAUGUAGUAACUGUGUUUCGUGUUCUGCACUAACAAGACUCUGCAAACACAAAGAACUCCACAAAAGGUUCAGGAGUCUGCCCAGGCAGAAUUCACUGCAAGAUUGGUGACUCCAGAUCACUUAAAUCUGUGUUUCAUACACAAAAGAUCCCACUUUUGGGGGGGGGGGCUUUAGUUUUUAUUUACAUUAUAAAAAGGUGGUGCUGGUGGUGGUAGUAGUAGUAGUAAUACUUUUAACAUACAUGCCACCACUGUUUUUUUUGGGGGGAGGUGUCAGGAGUUCUGUACUUUGUGUAUAUUGCUGAAAAGAACUGAGUUUCAAUUAGGGAUGUGCAAGUGUAAAUGUGUACACAAUUAACUGAAGAGCCUGGGCUCAGUGGUUAAUGUGCAGUUAUACCGAAUUGUUCCCCUCUCUCCCCUCCCGCCCCCCGCCUGCUGCUGCCUCUGUAUCAGCAGUCAGCAGGAGCCCCUUGUGUGUAAACUUAUAACUGCUGAAAUUAUACAUUUACCUGAGCAAAUGCAUUUUAACAUCCCUAGUUUCGAUGUAAAUCAUUUUGUUUUGUGUGUGAAACAUUAUAAAAUACAUAUGAAUUCCUGUUUGCUGGUACAACUCAUGCAACAUAUGUAACAACAAAGAGACGUAUUCAAAUUCAAACAUGUGGAGUGUUUUAAAACUUGAUUUUGGGUUUUAUUUUCCUGCUUUUUUUGCCCUAUUAGACUCCAAACUAACUUCUCUUGGUCAUCUGGAAAUGAACUGGAGGAGCAGAAUACACUUCAGUCCAUUACUUGUGAGAAUCUUGCACAAAUCUAGACUAAGGUACUAUGGGAAACCUGACAAAAAGCUGGAUAUACCAUAUCAGGCUUAUUUUGAAGUUGCUGAUAGUUCAGGCAUGAUGUCAAUGGUUUUGUGGAAUUCUUUAUGUCCUGAGUGGUAUAAGAGUAUGAAGAUUGGUACAGUACUUCUACUUGAACAGUACGGUAUCAAAACCAGUUUUCCAUUUAAAACACAGCCAACGCCCAGGGAUUCGCAGAUGAAGAGAUUUACUACAAUUGAAAUUAGCCUGAACGUUCGAGAUCCUCCAACUAAGAUUAACAUUAUUCCAGAAAAAAUGGUUAAACCAGAAUGGAGAUUACCUGAAGUUAAAUAUCGAUUUGUCACGAGGUCAGAACUGGAUAACUUACCAAAUAAUCAUUCCUGUGAUGUUAUUGGUCUUGUAACAUUUGUAGGAAGGGUUGAACGAUCAAGAAAGAGAGAAUAUGGUGAAGAUUUUUGGAUACAUCGUUGGGCACAUGUUGUUGAUGGGACAUCAGAUCAACCAUUCAUACUGGAAUUGUUUGCCACGUCUCAGCCAGACGUAUUUGAACACAUUCACCCAAUGACCUAUUUGGUGUGUACACAGAUGAGAGUGGUGCGGGACAUCACUGAGAAUACUCCCAGAACACUUUAUCUUACAACUUCAAAUGAGAGUCAGAUAUUUAUUACAGGGUGCCACAAAGGUCAGUCAUACACCAGGGAUUCCAAAGUGAAAAACUUUAUUCAGUGGAUUAAAACUCAAAGUGAAGCUGAUCAAAUCAAGAAAACUGUAAUUGGUGGAUACUAUCCUUUCCCACCAGCACCAAAAACUUUUCUGAAGUAUUGUAAAAAUAACAAAGUGGAAUCAGUUUUGAAAGCCAUAACUGAAAUGAAGAGAGAGAUUGAAGACCUGCACUACAGGGAGCACAAGCGCAUUGCUAUUCAGGGAAUAAUUAGUGCUAUAAGAUAUGUCAGCUAUGCAGAUGAAGAUGCCGCGGGGGUGGAACCAAUUCAGAAAAGUAGAGUCCAGUCAGCAUCUCAAACAACUGUAAAAAACACUGAUAUGGCUAAAGAUUGUGUUACAAAAGGAAAAAAGCAAAGCCAUCGAAAUAAAGAAGCUAAUUCUUUACUUGAUUCACAAUGUGGUUCCCUGGAACAACAGCAGAAUCCAAAUAUGUUAACCAGAAAAAGUCGAAUCAAGAGAAAAAUCGAACACCGUACGGAGGCUGAAAAGAAGAGAAACUUGUCUGCUUGUGUGUCUGCAUGUCCAUAUUUCACACGAUCUGCAAGCAAGAAACUCAACUUGCGUGAAUUUCAGCAAGAACAUUCUGUUCCCGAACAAAAUAUCUUGGCUGAACCUGACACAUCACAACCUAGUAGAGCAGAUACGGAGGGAGUGAGUGACACACCUGAAAUAGAAGAGAUGAGAAGAGCUUGCCAUGAUUCAUGGCAAAGCGAUCUGUGGACAAAAGUGAAAGACAACUUAAUAGAUCACUUGCAUUACUGCACUGUUUUCCCAGAAAGCAUCCCACGUAAAUUUGAUUAUUUGCACAAAGAAUUCCUUACACAGCAAUAUAAUCUACAUCCAGCAGUGCACAAGCCAAAAGAAUACAUAACAAAGAAAGAAAUUCAGGAAUUUAAAAGUGCCAGUGGCCUUGGGCACUAUGAAGUGACUAUACUGGGGAUAAACCAUGAUUUGGCUGUUGAUGUUGCAUUUCUACCUAUAUUUUGUCCUGAAGAUGCCCGUUUAUUUCAAAUAGAGGAUAUUCAGAAUGAUACGUUAUUAUCCUAUACAUUUCCACUUUCAAAUGAAACCAUAAAAGCAGCAGUUGAUCUAGAUAGACAACAUGUCAUCUGCAUCCUGGACAUCUGCCAUUUAGGUGAAGAUAAAGUUGAAGUCUUUCUGAACAAAAUUUAUAAGAUAAUGGAGACUGAUGCAGUGAACCUUGUGUAAUUUGUUUUAUUAAUGUUAUCCAUGUAUUGUUGGGGGGGGGAAUAAAACUUUUUUGUAACUUACAAUAAGCCCUCUUCAGACUACCACUUUCUAGAACAGAGCAUUUCCAGUGUAUAUGUUCUGACAGAACAAUUGUAAUGGUAGUCAAUACAAUUGAGAAGGAAGGUUCAUUGCCUUCAUAUCUGAAGGCAGUGGAAUAGAGUAUUUAUAAAUGAGGCUGAAUGCUAAUAAUUUUUAUAUCUCUAUUACUUCAGUGCAAGGCAGGCUUGCCUGGAUCCGGCCUCUCUGCACUAUUUUUUUGCUUCUCGCUUGUGUGCAGCCCCCAACUAAUUUUUCUGUAGGUCAGCAGCACCAACCCAAAAAAGGUUGCCCACCUCUGCUUUAGUGUAAUGCUGACAGCUUUCCAGGGGAACAUUUUUUUUUUUUUUGUACAUGAUCCAUCAUUAAGCAAAGAGUCUAAGAUGGAGGAUGGAAUGUACAGCCAAAUUCUGUCCCAUUAGUUGCCUGCAUAUAUGCAUGGGAAGAAUUUGGCCUUUUCUGUCCAUAGCUGGUAGAAACCUGAAAUCAUUGCCAUCUUCCAUUGCUCAUCAGGAUGGUCAUGUGAAAUGAAAUGGUGAUCCCAGUCCUUUUCCUAGAAAAAACAUACCUGCAUCCCAGAAACUUGCCAUCACAGUUAUUCCCUUGUUUGUAGUUUCAACAGAGCCAAAAGACCCAGUAUAUUGAGAACUAUCUUCUACUUUAUGGAAGGGUCCCUUUGAGCAAUUUGAGAAACCCAUGGUAGUUGAUAAGGAAGAGCUUACCCAGCAAGUGGCAUACCUGUUCUGUGAAUAGAAGCCUUCAGUUUUAAGAGUUUUCAGUUCUGAUUCAUUGAAUUAAUUAAAAAAGAAGGUACUUGUGCAUUUUUUUCUGUUACAUUUUCUAGACAUGUUAUUGAAUACCGGGACAAAGUUUGAAUGUUGUCUGUUCACUUCGAAUGUCAUUCUGUGCUUGUGCAUAGGUAUCCAGGAAAGUCCUGGUGUGUCUUACAAUUUUUAACAUUUUAUAAGUGAAAAGAUAUUAGUGUAAAUGUCUUGGUUAGUGAAAGUUCAUAUGGUAAAACAUUUGCCCUUUUAUAUCUUUCUGCUCUGUAUUUUGUAUUUAUAUGUAUGAUAUGGUAUAGGCUCUAGCAUCUAAUAAGAGUCUGGCACCUGUACUUGCUAUUCCAAACUGAGCCAUGCUGACUAUGCCAGCAGAUAUUUUAAAGUAGAUAUACCUCAGGUAGAACCUUAAUUUUAAGGAAAUAGCGUUUCAGAGUCAAAUUUUAAGGUGAUUAUGUUUUUGUAAUAGAAAUGCUACAGACACUUGUACAGCGUUAUCAUAUUUUAUUACUAGUUCCCAUCUCAUCCCUCUUCCUUUUAUUUUGUUUGUCAGUGAUCCUAUUGUAUGUAGUAAAACCCAACUCUGGCUCCAGCUCCGUUGGCUAACUGCAUGGCAGUAAGCACUUAACAUUGUACUUACCCCUUGAUGCUUUGUCUUAACACAAUUUUGAAGUUGUUUUUAAUUGUGUGGUAGUUAAAUUAUAUCCCAUUUUAUUUUAUAUCUAUGUUAUUUGAAAUGUAUCAAAAGAUACCACAAAUAUACAUAUAUACUGGCAAAAAUGGGUAAAUUCCAUUCUUUGCAAUGAGUUCAUUUGCUCUUUUGUUUCACGAAGUAAAGCUAACAGUAAAAUUAAAAAUGCUAAGAAACUACAGUCCUGUUGAUAAAAAUCAUAACUUGUUGUCAUGCCUUUCAUUCUCAAGAACAGGGCAUUGUAAAAUAUUUUCAUUCUGGAGGGAUUACUCAUCUACCUCUGGAAUGCAGCCACUGUAGAGGUGGGGUGUUACCAGAGGCUUAUGUAUUCCCUAACCCUAGAUUUCACACCCUGUCAAAAAUUACUCUGGAAUUUUAGCUCUUAAUUUCUUUUUAUAAAUGUUUCUAUCCUUUGUCAUUUCAUAGAAAAUCAUAGAAAGGACAAUUGAGUAUGAACUAAUGCGUUUUCUGUCUGAAUAUGUAGAGAGCCUGAAAUAAUAGCUUCAACAAGUGUAAACUAUACAAAUCUACCUGUGUGACUGAAAUUUAGAUUACAAACUGUGGAAUAUUGAAAAUGAGGGCAUCUUAAGGAAAAGAAAUAACACAUAAUAGAAAGGCUUUUGUAUUUAUUUCAUAUUUAUGUAUAAUUGAA